GCCAAGCAAAUGACCCCCAAAGAUUAUCGAAUGCUUUUUGAGAAUCAGUAUAUGGAAAUGAAGAAUGACUUGCCAUAACCUGGAUAUUCUACCCAAAGAAAAUCAGUGCCUUCUUCCUCUGCCUUUAACAGAACCCUGGAUCAUGCGACUGUCCUAGUGCUGACAUCUAGAAAUGUCACCAGUUCCAAUGUUCAAUCUAUGGGAGGUGGAUUCAUCUGUUGUAGCUGAAGCAAUAUGGUUUGACUUCAUGCUUCCCAAUGGGAUCUUCAUCCAGAUGGAGGUGUUUCGUGAGAACACCAUUUCAGAAAUCAAGAUGAAGCUUUGGAAGGAAGCUGCCAUGUACCCCCUCUAUUUCCUCCUUGAGGAGAUAGAUGCCUACAUGUUUGAAUGUGUCAACCAAACUGCAGGACGGCAGGAGCUUGAGGAUGAAUCCCAACGAUUAUGUGAUAUUCGCCUCUUCCUUCCUGUUCUCAGGCUAGUAAUCCGGAACAGCAAUAAAGCCGAGAAACUUGAUGCCAAAAUAAGCCUUCUCAUCGGAAAAGGUCUUCAUGAAUUUGCUGGAAUGAAGGACCCAGAGGUGCAAGAAUUUCGUAACAAAAUGCGAACGCUCAGUGAGGAGAAGAUGCGUGCACUUCUGAACCUUUCUUGGAUGGAAUGGCUGAUGCAAACCUAUCCUCCAGAAUUAGAGCCAGCAGUUCCAGAAAACUACCAAGACAAACUGUAUGGGGGAAACAUUGUUGUGGCUGUUCACUUUGACAGCUGUAUGGAUGUCUUCAGUUUCCAAGUAUCUCCAGAGAUGAAACCAAUUGCUCUCAAUGAACUUGCUCUUCGAAAAAGCAUGACUAUCCAUGGAAGGGAGAAUGAAGAGGCAUACCCGAAGAAUUAUGUGCUGCAAGUCAGUGGCAAACAUGAAUAUGUGUUUGGGAACCAUGGGUUAAUCCAUUUUAAGUACAUAAGACGGUGUGUUAUGAGUAGAACACUUCCUCGGCUGACACUAGUAGAUCACACGAACAUAAAGAAAAUGUUUGAGCAGGAAAAAAGUGCCAUUGAAGUUGCCACCAACAGGAAGAUAUCUAAUGUACCCUUGCCUCUUCCACCCAAAAAACGAUCAGCAUCACAAAUAACAAAAAGUGCCUGGGAUUUUAACUCUCCUUUUAAAAUCACACUGGUCAGGGGAACAGCACUGAAUGCUGAUGAAAAUGUCAAGGUUCUGGUAAAGGCUGGCCUUUUCCAUGGGACUGAGCUUUUGUGUAAAUCUGUUGAAAGCAUGGAAGUUUCAGGAAAAUUAGAGCAUACUUGGAAUGAAGCACUGGAGUUUGAGAUCAUUGUCGGAGAUCUACCAAGAAUGACUCGGCUAUGUUUUGCUGUAUAUACUGUAAUGGAUAAAAUGAAGAAACAGAAGUCCACAAAGACGCAAGUCCCCCCCAAAGGCCAAACCAUUAGGAAAGCUGGAAAAGUGCAGUACCCUAUAGCCUGGGUGAACACCAUGGUAUUUGACUUUAAAGGACAACUGAAGACUGGAACUUUAAUACUGCAUGGGUGGUCCACAUUACCUGAUGAACUGGAAGAAAUGCUGAAUCCACUGGGUACUGUGCAAACCAAUCCAUACACUGAAAAUGCUCCUGCUUUACACAUCCAAUUUGAAAGUUACUCCAAAUUUUCCAUCUUUUACCCUGCCUUUGAUAAGAUACUUGAAAAAGCUGCUGAAAUUGCAAGAAGCAGUGACUCUGUAUCCAUGUCUGGUCGUGGUGGCAAGAAGUUUUAUAUAGAGCUGAAGGAGAUCAUGGAAAGGGAUCCUUUGUCUCAGUUGUGUGAAAAUGAGAUCGACUUGAUAUGGACGCUGCGGUAUGACUGCCGUGAGAAUUUUCCACAGUCUCUUCCCAAACUCUUACUUUCUGUGAAAUGGAGCAAGCAUGAAGAUAUAGCCCAGCUUCAAGCCCUGCUUCAGAUCUGGUCCAAGUUGCCACCAAGGGAUGCACUGGAAUUACUUGACUUUAACUAUCCUGAUCUUUAUGUGAGAAAGUAUGCCGUGGACUGCCUGACACACAUGAGUGAUGAAGAACUUUCACAGUAUCUCCUGCAACUGGUCCAGGUUCUGAGAUAUGAACCAUAUCUAGAUUGUGCCCUUUCCAGGUUUUUAUUACAGCGAGCACAAGCUAACCGGAGGAUAGGACAUUUCCUGUUUUGGCAUCUGCGGUCAGAGAUGCACAUUUCUUCUGUUGCCACUCAGUUUGGCCUUAUCCUUGAAGCAUAUUGUCGGGGAAAUGUAGCUCAUAUGAAGGUACUUCACAAACAGGUGGAAGCACUUAAUAAACUCAAGACUCUUAAUAGUCUGAUUAAAAUGAAUGACAAAUCAUCUUCUAAAAUAAAGGAAACCAUGCAGAUGUGUUUAAAGCAAGCCACUUACACUGAUGCACUGUCUGAACUACAGUCACCACUGAAUCCCAAUGUCAUUCUGUCCGAGUUGAAUACUGAAAAAUGCAAGUGCAUGGAUUCUAAAAUGAAGCCUUUGUGGAUUGUGUACAACAACAAGGUGUUCGGAGGGGAUCCAGUGGGAAUAAUCUUCAAAAAUGGGGAUGACCUACGACAAGAUAUGCUUGCGCUUCAGCUGUUACGUCUUAUGGAUCAUCUUUGGAAGGAAGCUGGACUUGACCUUCGAAUGUUGCCUUAUGGUUGUUUGGCAUCAGGUGACCGAACAGGUUUCAUAGAAGUGGUUACCGCAGCAGAAACCAUAGCAAAUAUUCAGUUAACCAUCAGCAGUGUUGCAGCAACUGCAGCUUUCAACAAAGAUGCCCUUCUAAACUGGCUCAGGGAACAUAAUUCUGGUGAUGAACUGGAGAGAGCAAUUGAAGAAUUUACUCUUUCGUGUGCUGGCUACUGUGUAGCCACGUAUGUGCUGGGAAUUGGAGACAGGCAUAGUGACAACAUCAUGGUCAGAAAAAAUGGCCAGUUGUUUCAUAUAGAUUUUGGUCAUAUUCUUGGUAACUUCAAGUCAAAAUUUGGCAUUAAAAGGGAACGGGUGCCUUUCAUUCUCACUUAUGACUUCAUUCAUGUAAUUCAACAAGGAAAGACAGGAAAUACAGAAAAAUUUGGCAGGUUUCGCCAGUACUGCGAACAGGCCUACUUGAUUCUACGCAAGAAUGGAAACCUCUUCAUCACACUCUUUGCACUGAUGUUGACAUCAGGGUUGCCUGAACUCACUUCUGUCAAAGAUAUUCAAUACCUUAAG